AUGGAAACGCGAACACAAGAAACCCCGCAGUUCUUUCUUACGCUGGCCUCUACGCUCGCUACCGUCUGGUACUCGUUUCUUGACCUGUUCAAGAGUGUGCCUGGUGGUGCAUGGGUUCUCGACUAUAUUCGUGCUUCUCAUAAGAAUGAUCCAUGGCGUACUUUAUUGGAAGUUCUUCUUGCUCUUCUUGCAAUUCGUUACUUUUUGGCCUCUAAAUAUUCUCAGGAUGAGAAUGAUAAGGUGACUCUCAAUGAGCGAGAGGUCGACGAUUUGAUUGAUGAUUGGGAACCUGACCCUAUUGUUCCUCCUUUAAGGCGUGACGAGAGGUGGCAGUUGGACUCUAUUCCCUUAAUUAAAGGUGGUAUCAGUUCUCACGUCACUGUCGAAGACCCAAGUACAGGGAACAUUACUACGGACGUUCUCAGUUUUGCUUGCAAGGAUUAUUUGGCCAUGGGAACCAAUGAAACUGUCAAGCAAAAUUCCAUCAAGGAGAUAAGAGCAGCCGGUGUCGGUGCAUGCGGUCCACCAAAUUUCUAUGGUACUCAGGACGUUCAUGUGCGUGUUUGUGAGGACCUUGCACGGUUUUUGGGUGCAGAGGAAGGCAUCAUUUACGGUCAAGAUUUCUGUACACCUACAUCGGUGUUACCCUGCUUCUUGAAGCGUGGUGAUAUCAUAAUCAUGGAUGGUGGUGUUAAUUUGGCCCUUCAGAAAUCAGCCUUAAUUUCCCGUUGUGAUGUCGAAUGGUUCAAUCACAACGAUCUGGACCACUUGGAAGAGAUUCUGGAGAGCCUAAAGGAGGAUUUAUCUGAAGGUCCAUUGAACCGUCGUUUCAUCGUCACUGAAGGCUUGUUUGAAAACUUUGGAGACUCUCCUGAUUUGAAGAGACUCGUCGAGAUAAAAAAUCAUUACAAGUUUCGUUUGGUUCUUGACGAAACAAACUCGGUCGGUACUCUUGGUGCCAACGGACGUGGUCUUCCUGAAGUCUAUGGAAUUCCUCGCGAUCAAAUUGAAAUUACAAUUGGUUCAAUGGCUCAAGCUCUGGGUUCUAGUGGUGGAUACUGUGUAGGAUGUCACGACAUGAUCUAUCACCAAAUUCUAUCCUCUAAUGCUUACGUUUUUUCUGCUUCCUUGCCUUCCUACUGUGCCGUUGCUGCAUCUACCACCAUACAUCUUCUUGAAGAUUCGGAAAAAUCCGGUGCUGUUAAUCCUUAUAUCCAGCCACUCGUUGAAAAUUCCAAGUAUCUUCAUCAGUCGUUUAGAAAUUCUCUUGUUCUCAAGAAUUUCCUGAUUGUCAGAUCUGCUGACUAUUCCCCCGUUGUUCAUUUGAGAAUUAAUCCUCUUCUACGGAAGUCUUUAGAUCUCCCUGAAGGUUAUGGUGGCCCUGGUUCUGUAAUCAUUAAAGCCGUGAAAAAGGGUCACGAGGAACUCUACUUUGAUGCCAGAUAUAACACUGAGAGUUACAUUCUUCAACUCAUCAUAAACAAAUGUGUUGAGAACAAGGUGCUCUUAACAAGAACUAAGCGCGUCUUGCACCACGAGAUUCUUCCUGUGGUGCCUGAGCUUAUCCUUCAUUGCAACUCAAAAUUUUCUAAACCUGAGUUGAAGCGUGCCGUUUCCGUGGUGGAGCAGGCCGUUACUGGCGUAUUACGUGGACUUACUAAAUCCAAGUUUGCUGAAUAUGCUGCAGAUCUUGAAAACUAG